UGUAAAACGAAAGGAAAACGAGAAAAAUGUAAGUUCGUAGCAAAACAAAAUCUAAACAAAGUUCUUCGAAGGACAAACGAUUUGUACUGCAGGAGUGUACCUUGCUGAAAUAUACGGCUGACUAUUGUCUAGCGCAAACCUCCCACCUAUCUGAUUUACGACUCUUUGUCGUUGUUAUUAGAUGUCCACUUCUGAUACUACCCAGCAAGUGUGUGACAUUGGUGACAGUAGUUACAGUGCGUGUGUUUGUACUGAUAUUACAGACAACUACGGCAUUUUGCACGGACCUGAAUGCCACAAAUAGAUGUUCAACAACUCACAAGUGCCAAGUGAGAUGGAGGCCCUGUACGAGCCCCCGGCGCGGCCGGUGGGCCUGGAGCGGAUGGAGACGGCAGUGGCCAUCGCCAUCGGCGCCCUCGCCGCCGUCUUCCUGGGCGCACUCGUCGUGCUGGUCGUCGUCUGGCGCCGCCACCACACGCGCUACCUCGACAAGCUCAGUGCCGGGAAAGGAGAGAAGCUGCGAGACGUGGACCUGCUCAUCACCGACGGCGGGGGCAGCGGCAGCAUCGGAGAAGUGGAACUGGGCGAGGUGGUGCUGAGCCCUGACGCAGAGCGCAUCUUGGGGGAGGCGGCAGCAGGUGUGGGUGCGGGGGCGGGUGACCUGGCGGCCCACGGGUUGGCCGUGCUCAAGGCCUGCCACGCCCUCACCGAGCGGCUCACACGCCUUGCCGCCGAGCAGGGCCGUGUCGGCACGAGCGCCUCCAAGAAGGGGGCCGGCAGUGUCGUGGCCGCCCACGACAUCGUGGAGGUGGCACGUCGUAUCUCUCCGCGGGUGGACGACGUGGUGCGUGCCGUUUACCCGCCGAUCGACGCACGCCUGCUGGAGGCGCGCGCGGCGGCACUCGCCCUCGUGGUGACGCACCUGGCGCUGCUGGUGACGGCGGGUGGCGGUGCGGGGGUGCCGGGGCGGCGCAAGAGGAAGGCGGCGGCCGGGGGCGGAGUAGCUACGGGCGGGACGGCGACUCCCAGCUGGCUGGCGCAGGCAUUGGCCGACAUCGACCUGCAUCUCCUGGUGCUACGCGAGGCGGCGCUGUCCCAGGAGGCCGCAGUUCGCAUACAGAGUGUGAUGGGCACGGGCCCGCCAGCACCACCGUCCACUACCCCUCUGUAGGGCUGCUUCACCAGCUCUACAGCAUUCUCUCUUUUCCCCAAAAUAUCCUUUUUCUGUGUGCACUCCACGUAAGGUAGGGGCUGUUUUAUCCAGACACUUGCCCAAAAACAGAAUCUCGGUGCAGUCUCUCACUGCUGCACAAAAUUGAAUAGGUCUACAACUCUAGUGCCUAAUGAAGAGCUCUGACUGUGUUUUGCAGGUUCUACAGUUUUAUUGAGACAGAAUUUACUUAGAGCUCUUUUUGAGUGAAGAAUCUCUGAGACUGUCUGUAGCAGAAAAUGAAAAUGAGGCAUAGAUACUUAACCUGCCCAUAUUUGAUAUAUAAACAAUAUAUUUAUAUGACUAUAUAUUUUGUACACUCUGUUCAAUCUGUAAUCCUGACUACAGUGGCUUCCUGAAAUGAAAUGUUCUUUAAAAGUUUUCAUUUCCUACUUUCACUUCCACAAAACUCUUAUAUGGAAUCAUGUUUAGACUCCAAGACUAUUUUUUCUCUCCACAGUACUUCUAAACACCCAGAAUCACAGUAAUUAAUUACUUUUUAAUCUGAUGUUGAUUGUACGUUUACAUGUUAAAUUUUGUUAUAUACAAAAACAAAAUUUAAAUAUAUUACUUACACCUCUUAAUCAUCAGACUGUUUCAGAGUAACAGUCAUAUUUUUGCUAUAUGUAUACUGUUUUGUAUAUAUCAACUCUUUUGAUAAUAUAUCUAAGCAUGAACUUAUUUUCAGAAUCUGUUUCUUAGAUUUUAGCAUUUCAUAUCUAUUUCUGGGAAGGUAGGGGGGAGGGGGGUGAUCCUACAUACAUAUUGCUUGUACCAAUUUAAUGUUGUUGUUGUUGGAGAUGUUGAUAUAGAACAUCAUAGAUGAUGUAAUUAUUUCUGCAUAUGGGAGAUAAAAGUGAGAAACUAGUGUAGCUAGUAGGUAUAACCUUGUUACAUUUUGUACAUCAGUGCCUGGUGGCGAGAGUGGGAUGGAGGUUUUUGCGUGGUUCUGCCGUCAGGUGGCACAGGCAUACUCUUCUGUCGGCAGGCAGUGUUCGGGUCGGUGAAGGUGUGGUGUAGUGUCGUGUACUUACUUAACUAAUUGAUCCACCGUCUUCCAAUAGCAUAGUUACUUAGAUUUAAAAGAUUGCUCAUGCAGUAUACUGGUUCAGAAGGCCACAGACAUAGUGAAUGAUAUUGAUAUAUGCACAACAUUCAGUGGAAAGAGUACAUUUGAAACAUUUACUGUGGGCGAGUCAACUUUGUUAUUUUUCCGUGUGCAAAUGGUGAAUAAGGAAGAAAAUGUGUGGCAAUCUGUGUGUUGUCAAAAAUGAAGUGUCUGCUAUUGUUUAUCCAUUUGGAGGAUGAUUGAAAUGUGAACUACAUUUACUCGCUGCCACACAUGUGGAAUGGAUACAAAUGCUGCAUAUUUAACUCUUUAAUAAAUGUAUGAUAUGCAAAUGUUGGAUAUCUGUUUACGAUUAACUGUCUUCAUUUUUCCUUGAGAAAAAUUAAUUGAUUGGGUUACAUUUUUUGGCAGAUUUUAUUUUUAUAGACACUUUACUGUAAGCUGUGCACUGUUGUCCACAAUCAGUUUACCUUUGGAAUGUUCUUUGACUUUGCUGUGGAGAGGGCUGGAUGAGGACUAACGAGCAGUGAUUAUUUUUUUACUGCCUGCAGAAUGUGUAUUUUAUUCAUAUUAGAAUUAGUUCUGAAGGCAGUGGAUGCUGUUUACUCUUCACAGGCUAUUAUAGAACUCAGAUCUCUCUUUUUGCAAUACAUAUUUUUUUAUAGAAAUGGGUUGUUGUUGACAUAAAUUGCUCCAUAUGUAAGUAAAUGUAUUAAAUCACCUCUGUUUCAGUCCUUUGGCACUAGUGUCCAUAUAUUAUUAAUAAUAAUGAUGAAAUGGGAUAUAUUGUAAGAGCAAACGGAAAGAGUUUGUAACAUGGAAAGACAGAUUAGAGUUUAUGGAUGCCCCUACGUGAUACCCUGGCCCUCUGUUGCCAGUUGGACCACUAUCCAAAAAUUCUAGAGCGUAUGUGUGAUUUUUUAGAGAGAGACUAAAUUUAGUGCUUCCUUCAAAGACAGAAGACCUCAUCUAUGUAACUAAUAUUUAUGGCCACUGCCUGGUUACUUAUGCACAAACUGUUCACUGUUAGAGUGCAUUGCAAAAGUUUGUAUUAAAAAAGUACCUCGAUUAACAAGAGAUAAUGUGCGCAACAUUCUGCAUUGUUGGGAGAGGAAAAUGCACAUUCUGCCCAUUUUCUGUCCAUCUCUCUGCUAGUAAUUUGAAAAUUAGUUAAUGUAAACAGCAGAUGUAUCUUUAGGAUGAAGGGAAUUAUAUGUGAUUUCCUGUAUGUGCAAUGGUUUAUAAUAAAAUGGUCUUGUCAGUUUCCUAAUCUCUCCAAAAAGACUGCAGGAGGCAUUCCUUUUUUUUGUAAAUGAUGUAAUUAAAUAGUUGUAGAAAUAUAUGUAUAUUUUUAGAGUAUUUUUCACAUACUUUACAUACUUUAAUAAUAAUGAAUUAUGUAUCGUGCUGUUUGAGAGCUGUGUAUUUUUGUGGAGUACAUUAGACUGUGGUAUAAAUUUGUAGUAUUCGUCUGUUGCUAGGAAGCUGCCAAUCCCCAUACAGUUUUUCAAUUCUGUGUCUGAAGCAAUAUAGCAGUUUGAAGUUUUGAGCAUAGAUUCAAAAUUAUUGUUGUUACAAAAAGAAUGCACUGCCUGUUGUCAGGUGGGAAACAUACAGUAAUUCGAGAGCAGGUUAGCCGGUGACAGACGGGCAACUCGUCAGCGGGCGGGUGGGUGAGGCCUCCACAUUGCAGCACUCGUGCUGGCUUCACAGAAAGCAUGACAGUGUCAAAUUGUACAACACCAGAGCUCAGACAUUCUAUCCUUAAUACAAUGUUGUUCUUCACAUAUACAAAAAAUCUCAUUAGCAAAAUGGGCAGAAAUGAUCAAAUAGCUUCAAAGAUUAAUCGGUAGUUCACAGCAGAGUUGUACAAGUAGCAAGUAGCUCCUCUCCAGUUUUUCUGUGAAGUCU